AUGGAUGUAGACUGUCAGCAAAUGGAUGAGGAAGUAAAGAUGCGUAUUGGCAAGCGCUUUGUGCAAAGCGGCGAGAAGGAAAAACUAAAGGAGCUUUUACGUUUAAAGCUGGUUGAGUGCGGCUGGUGCGAUGCAAUGAAGCAACAAUGCAAAGUGGUGAUCCGGAAGAAAGGCAUUGAUCACGUGACUGUGGAAGAUCUAGUUGAAGAGAUUACACUUGAAGGAAGAGCAUUGGUGCCUGGAGACGUAAAGAAUGAAAUACUGGAGAAGAUAAAGACUUUUAUCAAGAAAGAGGUCGAGGUCACGUCGGAGAAGACCGAGAUUAGCAACUUAAGCUGA